CUUCAAGUUUAACUAAUGUUAUAGAUAAUAUAUUUAAUUUUUGACCUUAAAAUUUUACCCUUAGAAUAAGUGGGGGUCAAAAAAUAAAAGUAUUUGAUUCGGUUCAGAGUUCAACGAAAAAACGAUGUAAAAUGGGUCAUAUGUAUUUGUGUAAUUUUUUAUUCAUCUUUCAGCUCAAGACCCCUUUGUUGAGAGUUGCGGGUGUGCAUCGAUCCAUUUGGUUCAAUUGUGAAUAUUAUCGGUUGCAUAUGGGUUACCGAGUAAUGCACAUGGAGUGAAUUUCAAUCACUGAAGUUUGCAUAGUCAGAUUUCAAGCAUAGCCAUAGUUUGGUCCGCUAACCCAAAUUCCCUUGUUAAUGGCACAAAUGCAACUUCCAGUAAUGGAAAAUGCUUCCCACUCUCACUGCUCAACACAGAAGAAAACAUGGGAAGUCGUUUGGGAAGAAGAGUUGUGAACUUUGCUAAUUUCCCCCUUAAGCUCCUCAUGCCUUCCUCUUUCUCUAAUAUCACUGAAAUUUCCCUCAAAACAAUCCCCUCUGCUUCAAAGAUUGAGAUAAAGAGAGUUUUGGAGUCACUAUACAUAUUUGAGGUGGAGAAGGUCCAAACCCUUAACAUGGAUGGGAAGAAGAAGAAGAGAGGUGGGUUGUUGAUAGCUAAACCAGACUAUAAAAAAGCAUAUGUUACUCUUAAGAACCCGUUGUCUAUCUCAUCGGACCUAUAUCCAGUCCGGAUACUCGAAGAGGAGAAGAAGAAUACGAGCAAGAAAUCAAAAUCUAGCAUUGUUGAGGAUGAUGAACCUAAGAAGAUGCAUUGGCUUGACGGGAAGAAAUAUGGGAGGUCUAAAUCAGAGACGAGCACUAGUCGUGGCUAUGAUGGAGAUCGGAGUAAUGUUGGUGCAGCACCGGCGAAGUUCGCAUGGAGCAGUAUGAGGUCUUAUGCUGCUAGGUAGAUUUCCUUUUUCAAUUGGAAUGAGGAGAUCUUUGUCAGAGAGUUUUUUGGGUAAAGUGCUUCCAUAGCUCAGUUUAGUAAUGGUGGUGUAUUAUCGUGGAGUAUAUCACUUAUGUCAACUUCUCUAUAAUUAUUUGAAGUUCUAUGUAUUUACCUUCAUUCAUUGGAGAUAAUUUGAUAUUUGUGAGUUGAAA